AAUUGAAAAUGGAUAAAGUUAUCGUUCGAAUAAAAUAUGGGACUUUACGCGGUAAACUUACAAAAAAAUUACAAAAACGGAACGUUUUAUAGCUUUUUCGGGAUUCCCUAUGCAACACCACCAAUUGGAAGGUUAAGAUUCAAGCCUCCUCAACCAAUUAAACCAUGGCAAGGAAUUUUGGAUGCAACAAACGAAAAAGAAGGAUGUUUUGCACCGAAUAUUUAUACCGGCAAAUUUGAAGGUAGUGAAGAUUGUCUUCAUUUAAACGUUUAUACUCCGGAGGUUAAUAACAAAAACAUAAAAUUAAAACCGGUUAUAGUUUUUAUCCACGGUGGUGGUUUCUUAGUAGGAAGCACAAAAACUGAAAUUCAUGGUCCAGACUUUUUAUUAACUGAAGAUAUAGUUCUCGUAUUAAUUUCUUAUAGAUUAGGAGCUUUAGGUUGGUCACGUCUUGAAGAUGGUUCUUUAGGAAUCCCAGGUAAUCAAGGACUGCGCGACGUCAUCAUGGGAUUAAAUUGGGUUAAACAAAACAUCGAAUCAUUUUCGGGUGAUCCAAAUAACAUAACAUUAUUCGGUGAAAGUGCAGGAGGUGUAAUUGCCCAUUACCUUUCCUUUUUAUCAUCGUGCAAAGGACUUUUUCACAAAAUAAUUCUUCACAGUGGUUCAGUUCUUUUAACUUGGUCUUAUGGCCAAAAUGAUUCAAUGAAACAAUUAGCUAAGAAAUUAGGAUGUUCUUCAGAUAACGAUAAAGAUAUAUUGGAAUUUUUACAAAACCAACCGGUGCAAAAAAUUCUUGAAGGUCAAAUGAUGAUUAAAGUUGGGAUGAAAGCGAUGAUGUUAAGACAAUUUUUUCCUGUUAUUGAAAAUGAUGAUAAUAUAGAAGAAAAAUUAACAUUUGAAGAUUAUGGGGAACGUAUAAAUAAAGGUGAAUACAUAAAAGUUCCGAUGAUUAUUGGAUAUAUGGAAGACGAAGGAUUAUAUUAUGAUUAUAUAAUAAGGAAAGAAUUAAAACGCAGUGAAAAUCCAAUAUUAAUAAGGGAUUUUGAAGAUUUAGUUCCUUUAAAAUUUAAAAAAGGAAGUGAAGAUUCGUUAAAAAUCGCCGAAAACGUAAAAAAGUUUUAUUUCAACGGAAAAAAUCCAACAUUAAACGAUAAAAAACAAUUCUAUAAAUUAUUUAAAGAUAAUCGUUUCACUUUUUUAAUGCAAGAAACCGCCAGAAGACAUUUUGAAACAUCGGGAAACCCGAUUUAUUUCUUUAAAUUCGCCUUCGAUGGAAAGUUAAACCUUUAUAAAAAAUUACAAGGAAUUAAUUAUCACGGCGCUACUCACGCCGAUGAAUUAUGUUAUAUGUUUAAAAUGUCCAAAAAUCCGCCGGUUGAAGAAAAUAGCUUUGAAGAAAGAACGAUUCAAAGAAUGGUAAAGUUAUGGACGAAUUUUGCUAAGAGCGGAAAUCCGAAUAAUAUUGAAGGCGAAAACGAUUUGAUUGAUGUUGAAUGGAAACCAAUCGAAAAGAAUAAACUCCAUUUUCUUAAUAUUGGAGAUGAAUUAACGGUUGGGGUUAAUCCUGAUAAAGAAGGAGCUAAGUUUUGGGGUGAAAUGUUUACUAUGAAUUCGAAAUUGUAAUUUAUUUUCUUAUUAUAAAUGAAUUUUAAAAAAUGAAUAGUGUUGUAA